UCGGGGAGAUGGAGGAAAAUGGCCGCCAGGUAGAGGGCGACUCGCUGAAAGCCGCGGUCUCUCCCUUUCUCGUGUUCUGACAGCGCCUGCGGCAAAGCGGGCCCUUUCCGCCCGAGUUGUUGGCGCCGUCCUCGGGCCGGGUUGUGAGACGGUAUUGGAAUAAAGAAGACUGUAGCUUUCUGUGAAGAUGUCGGUUCUGAUAUCACAGAGCGUAAUAAAUUAUGUGGAAGAAGAAAAUAUCCCUGCUUUGAAAGCUCUUCUUGAAAAAUGCAAAGAUGUAGAUGAGAGAAAUGAGUGCGGCCAGACUCCUUUGAUGAUAGCUGCUGAACAAGGCAAUCUGGAAAUAGUGAAAGAAUUAAUUAAGAAUGGAGCUAAUUGCAAUUUGGAAGAUUUGGAUAACUGGACAGCACUUAUAUCAGCAUCGAAAGAGGGGCACCUGCACAUUGUGGAAGAACUGCUUAAAUGCGGGGUCAACUUGGAGCACCGUGACAUGGGAGGAUGGACGGCUCUCAUGUGGGCGUGUUAUAAAGGCCGCACUGAGGUGGUGGAGUUGCUUCUUUCUCAUGGUGCCAACCCAAGCGUCACUGGUCUGCAGUACAGUGUUUAUCCCAUCAUUUGGGCAGCAGGGAGAGGCCAUGCAGAUAUAGUGCAUCUUUUGCUGCAAAACGGUGCUAAAGUCAACUGCUCUGAUAAGUAUGGAACCACCCCUUUGGUUUGGGCUGCACGAAAGGGCCAUUUGGAAUGUGUCAAACAUUUAUUGGCCAUGGGAGCUGAUGUUGAUCAAGAAGGAGCUAAUUCAAUGACUGCACUUAUUGUGGCAGUAAAGGGAGGCUACACACAGUCUGUAAAAGAAAUUUUGAAGAGGAAUCCAAAUGUGAAUUUGACAGAUAAGGAUGGGAACACAGCUUUGAUGAUUGCAUCAAAGGAGGGACAUACAGAAAUUGUGCAGGAUCUACUUGAUGCUGGGACAUAUGUGAACAUACCUGACAGGAGUGGAGAUACUGUGUUAAUUGGGGCUGUCAGAGGUGGUCACGUGGAAAUUGUUCGAGCACUUCUCCAAAAAUAUGCUGAUAUAGACAUCAGAGGACAGGACAAUAAAACUGCUUUGUACUGGGCUGUUGAGAAAGGAAAUGCAACAAUGGUGAGAGACAUCUUACAGUGCAAUCCAGACACUGAGAUAUGCACAAAGGAUGGUGAAACACCUCUUAUAAAGGCUACCAAGAUGAGAAAUAUUGAAGUAGUUGAGCUGCUGCUCGAUAAAGGGGCCAAAGUGUCUGCUGUGGACAAGAAAGGAGACACCCCUUUGCAUAUUGCUAUUCGCGGGAGGAGUCGGAAACUGGCAGAACUUCUUUUAAGAAACCCCAAAGAUGGACGGUUACUUUACAGGCCCAACAAAGCAGGCGAGACCCCCUACAACAUUGACUGUAGCCAUCAGAAAAGUAUUUUAACUCAAAUAUUUGGAGCCAGACACCUGUCCCCCACCGAGACCGGCGGGGACGUGCUGGGCUACGAUCUGUACAGCAGCGCCCUGGCGGACAUCCUCAGCGAGCCCACCAUGCAGCCUCCCAUCUGCGUGGGGCUGUACGCGCAGUGGGGGAGCGGGAAGUCCUUCUUACUCAAGAAACUGGAAGAUGAAAUGAAAACUUUUGCAGGACAACAGAUUGAACCUCUUUUCCAGUUUUCAUGGCUUAUAGUGUUUCUGACCCUGCUGCUUUGUGGAGGGCUUGGUUUAUCGUUUGCUUUUAUGGUGGACCCAAAUCUUGGGAUAGCGGUGUCAUUGAGCUUCUUGGCUGUCUUAUAUAUAUUUUUUAUUGUCAUUUACUUCGGUGGACGAAGAGAAGGAGAGAGUUGGAAUUGGGCCUGGGUCCUCAGUACUAGGUUGGCAAGACAUAUUGGCUAUUUGGAGCUCCUCCUCAAGCUGAUGUUCGUGAACCCACCCGAACUGCCAGAGCAGACCACUAAAGCUUUACCUGUGAGGUUUUUGUUUACAGAUUAUAACAGGCUGUCCAGUGUGGGUGGAGAAACAUCACUGGCCGAAAUGAUCGCAACCCUCUCGGAUGCUUGUGAAAGAGAGUUUGGCUUUUUGGCAACAAGGCUUUUUCGCGUUUUCAAGACUGAAGAUACGCAGGGUAAAAAGAAAUGGAAAAAAACGUGCUGCCUCCCGUCUUUUGUCAUCUUCCUCUUUAUCUUUGGCUGCAUUAUUGCCGGAAUUACUCUUCUGGCUAUCUUCAGAGUUGACCCGAAACACCUGACAGUGAACGCUGUCCUCAUAUCAAUUGCGUCUGUAGUGGGGUUGGCCUUUGUGCUGAAUUGUCGUACGUGGUGGCAGGUGCUGGACUCUCUCCUGAAUUCUCAAAGGAAACGCCUCCAUAAUGCUGCCUCCAAACUGCACAAGUUGAAAAGUGAAGGAUUCAUGAAAGUCCUUAAGUGUGAAGUGGAAUUGAUGGCCAGGAUGGCAAAAACCAUUGACAGCUUCACUCAGAAUCAGACAAGGCUGGUGGUUAUCAUUGACGGGCUGGACGCCUGCGAGCAGGACAAAGUGCUCCAGAUGCUGGACACCGUCCGGGUUCUCUUUUCAAAAGGCCCAUUCAUUGCCAUUUUUGCAAGUGAUCCACAUAUCAUUAUAAAGGCCAUUAACCAGAACCUCAACAGCGUGCUCCGGGACUCAAAUAUAAAUGGGCAUGACUACAUGCGCAACAUCGUCCAUUUGCCCGUUUUCCUCAACAGUCGUGGACUAAGCAGUGCGAGAAAGUUUCUCGUAACUUCGACGACUAAUGGAGAUAUUCCGUGCUCGGACAGUACAGGGGUACAGGAGGACGCUGACAGAAGAGUGUCACAGAACAGCCUUGGAGAGAUGACAAAACUCGGUAGCAAGACAGCCCUCAAUAGACGGGAUACUUACCGAAGAAGGCAGAUGCAGCGGACCAUCACACGGCAGAUGUCCUUUGAUCUUACCAAACUGCUGGUUACGGAGGACUGGUUCAGUGACAUAAGCCCUCAGACCAUGAGGAGAUUACUGAAUAUCGUCUCCGUGACAGGGCGAUUACUGAGAGCCAAUCAGAUAAGUUUCAAUUGGGACAGGCUUGCUAGCUGGAUCAACCUUACUGAGCAGUGGCCGUACCGAACCUCGUGGCUCAUAUUAUAUUUGGAAGAGACUGAGGGUGUUCCAGAUCAAAUGACAUUAAAAACCAUCUAUGAAAGAAUAUCAAAGAAUAUUCCAACAACUAAAGAUGUCGAGCCACUGCUUGAAAUAGAUGGAGAUAUAAGAAAUUUUGAAGUGUUUUUGUCUUCAAGGACUCCAGUUCUUGUGGCUCGAGAUGUAAAAACCUUUUUGCCAUGCACUGUAAAUCUGGACCCCAAACUACGGGAAAUUAUUGCAGAUGUUCGCGCUGCGAGAGACCAGAUCAGCAUCGGAGGACUUGCCUACCCCGCGCUGCCUUUACACGAAGCCCCGCCUCGGCCACCGUCGGGCUACAGCCAGCCUCCGUCCGUCUGUUCCUCCUCCGCUUCCUUCAAUGGGCCGUUUGGAGGUGGGGUUGUGUCUCCACAGCCUCCCAGCAGCUACUACAGCGGCAUGACGGGGCCCCAGCACCCGUUCUACAACAGGCCAUUCUUUGCCCCAUACCUUUACACGCCAAGGUGUUACCCUGGCGGUUCCCAACAUCUCAUCUCACGUCCAUCAGUAAAAACGAAUUUGCCCAGAGAUCAGAGCAAUGGCCUAGAGGUUAUCAAGGAGGACGCUGCCGAGGGGCUUUCUUCACCCACAGGCUCCUCGAGGCCGUGUGACUCUGGGUUUAACAAACAGAGACAGGGGUCAGGCCCAGCCUCAGGAACAGUUUCAUCACUGAAUUCAAUGAAUGUGGAUGCAGUUUGUGAGAAACUGAAACAAAUAGAGGGGCUGGACCAGAGCAUGCUGCCUCAGUACUGUGCGACCAUCAAAAAGGCGAACAUCAAUGGCCGUGUGUUGGCUCAGUGUAACAUUGAUGAAUUGAAGAAGGAAAUGAAUAUGAAUUUUGGAGACUGGCAUCUUUUUAGAAGCACAGUCCUGGAAAUGAGGAAUGCAGAAAGCCAGGCGGCCCCUGAAGACCCGCGUCUGCUGGGCGAGAACGGCGGGGGCCCGGCCCCGCACGGCGAACCCGCCUGCCGCCCCUCGCACGAGCUGCCCCACACCGAGCUCUCCAGCCAGCCGCCCUACACGCUGAACUUCAGCUUUGAAGAGCUGAACACGCUCGGCCUGGAUGAGGGGGCCGCCCGCCACAGCAACCUGAGCUGGCAGUCACAAACCCGCAGAACCCCAAGUCUUUCGAGUCUCAAUUCCCAGGAUUCCAGUAUUGAAAUUUCAAAGCUUACUGAUAAGGUGCAGGCCGAGUAUAGAGAUGCCUAUAGAGAGUACAUUGCUCAGAUGUCCCAGUUAGAAGGGGGCCCAGGCUCCACAGUGAGCGGCAGGUCUUCUCCGCACAGCACGUACUAUAUGGGUCAGAGUUCGUCAGGGGGCUCCAUUCACUCGAACCUAGAACCAGAGAGAGGGAAGGAUAGUGAGCCAAAGCAAGAUGAUGGAAGGAAGUCCUUUUUAAUGAAGAGGGGAGACGUUAUAGACUAUUCUUCAUCAGGUGUUUCCACUAACGAUGCCUCGCCCCUGGACCCCAUCACUGAAGAAGAUGAAAAAUCAGAUCAGUCAGGCACUAAGCUGCUCCCAGGCAAGAAGCCCUCAGAAAGGUCGAGUCUCUUCCAGACAGAUCUGAAGCUGAAGGGCAGUGGGCUGCGCUAUCAGAAACUCCCAAGUGAUGAGGAUGAAUCCGGGACAGAAGAAUCCGACAACACUCCGCUGCUCAAGGACGACAAGGACAGAAAGGCCGAGGGGAAAGUAGAGAGAGCGUCGAAGUCUCCAGAACACGGUGCAGAGCCCAUCAGAACCUUCAUCAAGGCCAAAGAGUACCUGUCGGACGCCCUCCUGGACAAAAAGGACUCGUCUGACUCUGGAGUGCGGUCCAGCGAGAGCUCCCCCAACCACUCUCUCCACAACGAGGCGGCCGACGACUCCCGGCUUGAGAAGGCCAACCUCAUCGAGCUGGAAGAAGACAGCCACGGCGGGAAGCGGGGGCUGCCACGCAGCCUGAGCGGCCUGCAGGACCCCGCUGUGGCUCGCAUGUCCAUUUGUUCUGAAGACAAGAAGAGCCCUUCUGAGUGCAGCUUGAUAGCUAGCAGCCCGGAGGACGGCUGGCCCGCCUGCCAGAAGGCCUACAACCUCAACCGCACACCCAGCACCGUGACCCUCAACAACAACAGCGCUCCCGCCGGUAGAGCCAACCAGCAUUUUGAUGAAAUGGAGGGAAUUAGGGAGACUUCCCAAGUCAUCCUGAGGUCUGGUUCCAGUUCCCACUCAACUGCUAUUCAGAAUGAGAAUCUGAAAAGUAUGACGCAUAAGCGAAGCCAGCGUUCCAGUUACACAAGGCUCUCAAAAGAUUCUUCAGAGCUCCAUGCAGUGGCCUCUCCUGAUAGUACAGGCUUUGGAGAAGAAAGAGAAAGCAUUCUUUAAGAAAAACAAGCAGAAGUAGCGUAGGAUUAUUAUACCCCCGUGGCGCAGCUGACCUGAGUCCUGGCGUGAACCCGUCCACACACGUCAUCUCUGUACAUUUCACUAACACGUGGUUAGUGCGCGAGAAGGCCUUCGCUGAAAGGGACGUGUGCUGUCCGAGAGAGGGUUCCUGCGUCAGCCUCUGUUGUCUUUGUAGUGAGGGCCUUAAACCCCACCGUUGUCAUUAUACCUUUCACUGGCAGAUAAUCCCAGACAAGAUGGGAGUAUAAAGAUAGGUCGGAAAUACUGUAUUAAGUAUAAAAGGGCUUAAUUUGCCAACAGAAUAAAAAGCCAGUGAUUCCUUUUAUAGAACACUCAUGCAUUAACAUUUGAUGGAAAGCAUGAUGUUAAAUGAACCAGAAGCACAUUUUGCUCUUAAGGAGUGAAAGGUCAGGAUUUAUAGGUCAUGGAGUAGCCUAGAGCCUGAAGGUUAAUGCUCUGUGAGUUCUACAUAAUAGACAAACUGCUUAUCAAAGAGUUUUAAAUGUUUAAGUAGAAAAUACUAAAGAGGGCUUUAAAAAUUGAUAAGAAAGUGAGUCAGCAGUGCCCAAAGUAGAGCCCUGGUAACUGGACCAGUGUGAGCGACGAGGAGAGUGUCCUGAGGGGAGGGAGGGCCAGUAACCACCCCCACCCCAUGACCGGGACGCUCUUCUCCCCAAAUCCCAGGCCUGGCUUCAGACACCAUCCACUUGCCCGAGGGUCCACCCUGGUCUACUCUGUAACUCUUAAACUGUGUGCCCAGCUUUCCUUAGUGAGCCUAACAAUGAGAAGAAAAAAAUGAAUUCUUUCUCUGGAGAAUCAGGGAGACAUGGAAAAUGAUAGGCACUAAAAAUAUGUAUGGAAUGGGGGAAUGAGGAAAUAAUAACAUCAAAGAGUGAAUCAGCAAGUGACAGGAAAUAUUUAAUUAGGUAAAAUGAAAUCAUUGGCUUCUCUACCAAGGCAGAAUUUAUCUGCUUCAUCUAUUCUUAAAUCAGCAUGUUAAUUCUGGGGGAGGAGUAUAAGAAAUACUUUCAGAAAAAAAAUUUAAAACAUGUAACAAAGCAAGGAUAAAACGAAGAUAAAUCUGGUAUGACUUUUUAUGUAUCGUUAGCAGCAUUAAGAGAAUGAUCACAUUUAAGUAUCGUGUGGACGAGAAAUGCGCCGUCAUCAUGUGUUGACAUUUUUUUUGCCGUUCUAACAUAGCUUACUUGUGUAGAAUAAUUUUGGCAGUGUAUCUUCAGUCACAGAUACGAUUGUAGAUGGUGAGGUCGUAGAUGAGUGAUUAUGUAGAUUUAGUGUUACACUUCCGAUGUUUUUCUAAACUUAGUGGAUUUUUAAAAUAAGCUGAACAGCUUAUUAUGUGACCGAUCGUUGCAUUAAAAAGUCGCUCUUUUGAGUUUCAUUGCACUGAUGUUUGUGUAAUCUAACAUUUUCAUGAAGUGUUCAUUUUGCAUGAGUUUAGCAAAUGUUUUAACCAACUAAAAAAGGCAAGAUGUUAUUGACAGUAUAUAUUGAAAUUUAACAUUUUAGCAUUUAUAAUAUUUAUUAGUUUGCAAUAUUGUGUAAUUAGUAAUUAUUUCAGGGCCAAUGUUUUGUUCCUUUUCAGGUGAGUAGAUGCGGCCUAGUGUCAUUGUAGUAUAUUCUUUAUUCUGUUUGUGAAGUUAGUGCCAAUACAAAUACGUGUACGAAUAGAUCUAGAAAACAAUAAAAAAAUUGCAUGCUA